GCCGAUUUCCAGUACUGGACACCGCUAUCAACAAAGUUCUUUAAUUCUUAUUUAAAUGAAUUUUUGACAAAACAACAGCAAGAAAUGGCGCAAACGAAAUCCACAGCAGCUAAGCGCCCCAGGCUGGACAACAGGCCGGCAAAUAUGCAAGAAGACGAUGCACAUGCAACCUUGCUACCGGCAGCCGAUUUCCAGUACUGGACACCGCUAUCAACAAAGUUCUUUAAUUCUUAUUUGACAAAACAACGGCAAGAAAUGGCGCAAACGAAAUCCACAGCAGCUAAGCGCCCCAGGCUGGACAACAGGCCGGCAAAUAUGCAAGAAGACGAUGCACAUGCAACCUUGCUACCGGCAGCCGAUUUCCAGUACUGGACACCGCUAUCAACAAAGUUCUUUAAUUCUUAUUUAAAUGAAUUUUUGACAAAACAACGGCAAGAAAUGGCGCAAACGAAAUCCACAGCAGCUAAGCGCCCCAGGCUGGACAACAGGCCGGCAAAUAUGCAAGAAGACGAUGCACAUGCAACCUUGCUACCGGCAGCCGAUUUCCAGUACUGGACACCGCUAUCAACAAAGUUCUUGAAUUCAUAUUUAAAUGAAUUUUUGACAAAACAACGGCAAGAAAUGGCGCAAACGAACUCCACAGCAGCUAAGCGCCCCAGGCUGGACAACAGGCCGGCAAAUAUGCAAGAAGACGAUGAGACGCCAUCCGUGUUCAAUCCGAAGUAUCGCGUGUGUCCCUACCUGGACACGAUCAACCGCAAUCUGUUGGACUUUGAUUUCGAGAAGCUUUGCUCCGUUUCGCUGACGCGGAUUAAUGUGUACGCUUGCUUGGUGUGCGGCAAGUAUUUCCAGGGACGCGGCACUAACACGCACGCCUAUACGCAUUCGGUGGGCGAGGCGCAUCAUGUGUUCCUCAAUCUCCACACACUGAGAUUCUACUGCCUGCCGGACAACUACGAGAUCAUCGACUCGUCGCUGGACGACAUCAAAUACGUGCUAAACCCGACCUUCACCAAGCAGGAAAUAAGCAAACUCGACUUCGUCCUGCCGAAGCAGUCGCGCACCGUCGACGGCAUCCUCUAUCUGCCCGGCGUCGUCGGUCUGAACAACAUCAAAGCCAACGACUACUGUAACGUGGUGCUACACGCCCUCUCGCACGUGGGCCCCCUGCGGGACUACUUCCUGCGCGAGCAGAGCUACGCAAAGAUCAAGCGGCCGCCGGGCGACUCGAUGUUCACCCUGGUGCAGCGCUUCGGCGAGCUGAUGCGAAAAAUGUGGAAUCCGCGCAACUUCAAGGCUCACGUCUCGCCGCACGAAAUGCUGCAGGCGGUGGUGCUAUGGUCGAGUAAGCGCUUUCAAAUAACAGAGCAGGGCGAUCCCAUUGACUUUCUCUCCUGGUUCCUCAACACCCUCCAUCGCGCCCUCAAGGGCAACAAGCAACCCAACUCCUCCAUUCUGUAUAACAUCUUCCUUGGCGAAAUGCAGAUAUUUACGCGCAAAAUGCCGCCCGUAGAGCUGGACGACGCAGCCAAGGAGAAACUGCUCGCCACCGAGGAGUACCAGGAUCAGGUGGAGCACACAAACUUUAUCUAUCUCACCUGCGACCUGCCGCCGCCACCUCUGUUCACCGACGAGUUCCGCGAGAACAUCAUUCCGCAAGUGAAUCUCUACCAGCUGCUGGGCAAGUUCAAUGGCAGUGCCGAGAAAGAGUACAAAACCUACAAGGACAACUUCAUGAAACGCUUCGAGAUCACCCGAUUGCCGCAGUUCAUUAUCUUGUACAUUAAGCGGUUCACCAAGAACACGUUCUUCUUGGAGAAGAAUCCCACCAUUGUCAAUUUUCCCAUCAAGAACGUGGACUUUGGUGACAUUCUGGGCAUGCGCCAGAGGGACAAGGAUGUCAAGGAUACCAAAUACAAUCUGGUGGCGAAUAUUGUCCACGACGGUGACCCCAAGAAGGGCACUUAUCGCGCCCACAUUCUGCACAAGGCAAACGGGCAGUGGUACGAGAUGCAGGACUUGCAUGUCACCGAAAUCCUACCCCAGAUGAUCACCCUCACCGAGUCCUACAUUCAGAUCUACGAGCGCAGUUCGGAUCCCUCAUGAUCCAAGCGCUCAUGGUCCCUUUCUAGUUUAUUUUUUGUACUGAAAAUACCUCCAUACCACGAGCUAUAAUACAAGCUAUAGUCCAGACAGACCAGACUAUAAUAAACCCUUGUAUUUCUA